AUGACUACCUCGGAAAAUGCAUUCCAUGGUCUCGCCGCCGUCCUCUCUUCUCGGGACAACAAGGUGCUUGAGAUCGAGAUCAUUCCUUCGAGCCUAGGCUCUUCAUUCCUUCAGGAUGGAUGCUCGAUUGGUAUCACUAAGAAGGCUCUGGUUCAAGCAUUCACGAUCGCACGACAGCUUUUCAUCAAGCGUCUGAUGCCCAUGUCCGACGAUGACUUCCAACUCGAGCUUCUGGAAAAGAGAACCGAUUCAGCGAGUAUAUCUGGCCCACCUAUCACCGAGAUCAUGCUACUUUUUGACUGUGAGCAUCUUACCGCGUGUAAUUGGCGGAAACGCCGGCUGCUGGCAGCUGUCUCGCAUUGCCUGAAGGUCUCGGACCAAGUUCCUUUGAUGAUACAUAUGCUUGAGACGGAGUUGACGCUCCUGGCUUCCUAUCAAUGCUCGCCGCUACAUAGGCAUACCAAAUCUCCGACGCUGUGGUCGCAUCGUCUAUGGGUGCUGGGCCAAUUAUUCCUAAUUCGAUCUUUCAACUCGGAAGAGUUGCUGAAACUCGAGCGAGCGGAGCUCGAUAUUGUUCUUCGUGCUGGGGAACUGCAUCCCAAGAACUAUUAUGCAUUCAAUUAUAUGCGGCGGCUUCAUCUUCUUCUCGCAAACACAUCUACUGAUGUCACAGAUUGCGUAAGCUGGACGGUCGAAUUAGCCAGAAUAUUGAUCAACCCGACGCUCGACUGGUGUCUUGCUAACCCGCGAGAUAUAUCAGGUUGGGCGUUUGGGAAAUAUCUUCUUGAACAAGUCCCUGAGCAGCAAGUCCGAGGAGAAAGCGUCAGCCGGGCUCUUCGAUUUGCGCGCGAUGUUGGAUGGGAAGGGGAAAGCCUAUGGACAUUUGUUGAUCAUACUGUCCGCCACUUUGACUUGGAAACGGUGGUUGAUGAGGUUUUUUACCAGGAUAAAGAUGAUACUGAACCGGAAUAUCCUACAACUCAGGCCGACGCGCCCAAAUGGCCCUGGAAGACUCGAUUAGCCAGAGCGAAGGGUUACUGGGUAUCCUACGGACAGAACAAUGUACAAUAG